AUGACACAUCAUGACAUAUCAACACUGGCGUUGUGUAAUGUACAUGUUCAUGUAAGGGCUUAUUUCAUAAAAGGAUGAAGUGUUAAAUAUAUUUUUAAAAAUCUUAAAAAUAAACCUUAAAUUUUACAGUAAAACCUUUUUUUGAACCUUUAUACAUAUAGUACGAAACCUUUUUUAUGAUAACAACUUUCCAACUGUUCUUUGUAAUAUAACUCUUAUCAAAAAUUACCAUAAUAGUGUGACAUCCUGGUUAUAAUGGUACUUAAAGAAAUUUGACACUAAUUUUGGCAUUUAAUAUAAUGUUUUUGACAUUGAAAAUAUUUUUUAAAUUCAGAGGGCAACACUAUACCUAUCCUUAGCUGCUAUCGUACUCAAUGUAGCUGUACUAGUGUACGAAAUCAACAAUGACUAUUUACUUUAUGGAGCUGCUUCGUUCUGUGCCGUGAUAACAGUUAUACCACUAAUAAUUGGGAAUCGCCUGAGAAAAUCUGCACUUUACUUUCCGUUUUUGGUUGUAUACGUAAGUUACCCUACAGUUUUUUUUAUAAUUUACUGCAGUACUAUAGGUUUUAAACGAAUAAUGUAUAAAAAACAACAUAUUUUUUAUUUACAAAGUUAAGUGGCUUACACUAUACCGUAAUAUAUUGUAACUAUACCUUACAGUUCACGGCAAUAACAGCCAAGAUUACUCAUAUCAUUGCUACUACAAUAUACUACGUUUACAAUGGCAAUCGACCCCAAUCGCAAGACUUUGAAAUGCACAUUGUCUACAUAACGGCGUUUCUCGGUACGUUAGCCUACUCAGCGUUCCAAUUUUACUAUUAUGGAGUGGUAUUCAAGUCGUUUUUAUACCUACGGAGAUCGUAUAUGGGUUUACGUAUGAGUUCAAAGAAACGAGAGGCCAAAGAGAAGACUGAUGGCAUUAUUUAA